UCUUUCUAUAAACCAGCUUCCUUUAGGUUUGUUCACUUCAUUUAUGUUCCUUAUUUCUUCUCGCUUCCUUUUCUUCCUUUCGUCUGGCCGUGACGGGUCCCCAUGUGGUUCGAGUGACAUUUUUCCUCAAAAGAUUUAUUGAACUCACUCUUCAGGUGGAAUAAAAGAGCCUCAGAGAUUAACAGAAUCCUUUUAUCUUCAGUGAACAGAGAACAUUUAUUUAUAUAUGCAUACAGACAGAGAUAGAUAGAUAGAUAGAUUUAUUUGUGUAUUUGUUUACUUAUCUAUGGUUUAUUAUCACAUAUUCUUUCAUAAGGCAUUGAUGAUUGCAUUUAAUAAUUUUUCAUUUAUAUAUAGUAACGAAUUUGCUUCUAUUUACGAAACUAAUAAUUACUUAACUUAAUCUAGCACCACGUUCCUAGUCUGAUAAGAAAACCUCCAUUCACGUAUUACUGGAGACUUUCAUUUAAAGAAGUAAACCAGCGAGACAUCAGAGCCCGCCGUGCAAUAUUCCACGAGACAACGAGCGGCAACGAGCGGCUCGCGUCACGCACGCCGCCGCGUCACGGGGGCCACGAUCGACGCUCGCUGGAAAUGCACGAAAAGCUGUCGACACAUUAGCUGACCGAGAAAAAUAUUGCCGAAAAACGUCCAAUUUUUGUUCUAAUUGCAGGCUUUCCGUGUAAUUGCAAAACUACAACUUUUGCUCGCACCUGCUGCCCCUCCCGACAACAGAUUACCGCGUGAUUACCUUGCCUCUGUUUGCUUUCUCUAAUUAUUUGGGCAAAUCAGCUAAAAUAUAGUCUGCUUCUUAUUUCCCAUAAUCAUUUGGUUACUUUUACUUAGAUUCUUGCUUAUUCUAGUUUAUGAAAAAGGUGAUUUGAUUAAACUUUUGUAGAGAGAGAGAAAAAACAAAUUAUGGUAAACAUCUGGCUGGCCACCAUGGAUUCGCUUAUGAAAGAGAAUGGAAUAUGUCGUGCAUGGGCUCUCAAAUAAUAACAGGGAAAGAAAACACGUAUUCGAAUCCUCUAAUUAACAAGUAGGGUCUCCGUACAGAAACUGAUCACCACCUUCCAAAAGAGAGGAACCGUAAAACUUGCAUCCUUCCAAAUUAUUCUGGUCCCGCUUUGCUCUGGAUUGGGGCAGAGUCGUAGAUAAGGAAAGAUUGGCCAUUCGCUCUCUUUUUUUUUUUACAUCUUUGCCUAUGGCGCUAUACGUCAUCUUGCCUCUAUGCUACCCAUCCCCACUCACUUCUACCCAGCGCUUCUGUCUAAACACAAGCUAAUCACCAAUAGAUAAAAAUGCUAGUCUUUCGAAUGUUACCACUUUUAUCUAUGAGGGUUAGUUUGUUUUUAGAGGUGCUGGGUAGGAAGCAGUGAUCAUGGGCAGCAUACGACUUAAACACUUUCAAGGAGGGAGUAUCAAGACCUUUUUCAAAUGACUGGUUUCUGUUUUCGAUAUCUUUUAUUAAACACCAUUUCCAGGAGCAGUGCUUAGUGGUUUUUUUUCUUCUCUUUGCGCCCUUGAGCUGCCUCCUUUCCUGUAUAAAAAUAGAGAUGUCAAGAUGACGUCCAGGGAGCGCAUAGACAAACUCUUCCUAUACACGGCGCUGGGUUGGGGAGAGGCAGAGGAUGUUGUGACGUGACUUGCCGGGCCUUCCUUACCCUCCUUUCGUCUCCCCCUCCCCGUGCAUCCUCCACUACGUCGCUUCUUCAACUGUUUUUUUUUUUUUGCUCUUUCUUUUUCUUCCCUCCCUUGGCUCCUCUUGAUCUUUCAGUUCCCUUCUUUCGUCUUUCUUUACCCUUGAAAUUUUAUUUCUCACGUUAUUUUUUUUUUGCUACUUCUAAAGGCGUUUUGUUCCACUCCUCACCGAAGUACUCUACAUUUCUUCAUCUCUUACGCAUCUACUUUCUCGUCCGUUAGUUUCUUUUUUCUUCACCCAUCUCCUUGCUUGACCUCAGCUCGGGCUUCUCUUGACUCUCCAUCAUCAUCCCCCUCUCAACCAAAGCCAUUCACCCACUCACUCCUGCUUCCAGCCUGGCAUUGCUUUCCCUGCCCUCAUUGUUCGUCUCUCUAGGUUCCAGCCCCUCCUUGUGUCUUGCCCUCUGGCUCUCGCCACUUCCUGACACAAGGCUGAAGCUUCGUUUCGUAGCCUGCUCCUGAGAGACAUGAAACCGUGGGGCAUGGUAAGACCGGGGAACCAAGUUGUGAACUUUGCAAAAAAUAAAGUUACUGCAUAUGUUAGUAGCUUUUUCAUUACCGCUGUUGGCUCUUCGAAUUUUCAAAUGUCUCUCGUCUGUGAAAUUCGUUAAAGAAAAGAAAUCAUUAUAUAUUCAGGCGUUUAUGGCCAUUGAUGUUUAGGUCCUAUGAAGUCCUUUGAAGCAACAAUGAUAUCUGCUUCUACAAACACUUGUUAAUGCUGCAGGCUCCACCUGAGGCGGCUGGUGUGUUAGUUUUGUGGUUCAUUCAACUGUAAAGACCUUAAAACUGUGUGUGUGUGUGUGUGUGUGUGUGUGUGUGUGUGUGUGUGUGUACUGGGGGUGAGAGGGGUAAGGGUUUAUUGAAGACCUUCCUGUAUUCUCUUAGCAGACGUUUUCGCUCUAUCCCCACCAAAUUAUAUGCACAUGACACUCACAUACCCUUCCCCAAUUUUUUAUAUUACAAUCAUCCAAUAAUAUAAACUUUGCCUCGGAGUUCUCUUAUAGGGCAGAGGUUAGAAAGGUCCCCAGGCGGUGCCCCACUUCAGGCAUCGACCCAAGGAGGUUUCUUGAGAGCUCUUCCAACUUUUUCAUCGUAUCCAUAUACAACAUUCGCGGUUUUCACUCUAAUCUCCGUUCCAUGGACCCCCGUUUCUCCUCAAAACCUCACCUUCUCUUCCUAAAUGAAACCCUUUUAAAAAUGGCUCCUGACAGUUAUAUCUAAUCCAUCUCCCUCUCCUUUAUCUUAUCCAAAAUCUCUGUCCAAAUUUUGAUGUGUAUGUACGCAGUGAAAGUAUUUGCUCUCGUGCCCACGAUCUUAAUUCUUCGGUAUUUUCCCCCAUCUAUAUAAAACAUAAUUGACAUUCUAUCUUGCUUUUCACCUUAUCAGCUCUCAUCCUAAUUCUGACUGCCUCCUACCUCUCAAAAUCAACUUUCGAAAAUCCUGAUGCUAGAGUGAACCAGCAUCUUCAUUCUUUCACUCCUUUCAUUCUGGUACAGCUUUCCCUCGUCUGUAUGUCUUCCUUCCUACGACUUCCAUGUUUUCAAGAGGGAUGUAUGCUGCCACUUCUCCAACCUAAUUUGACUACUCUUUGAAACUUCUCGUGCCCUCUGCUCGUGGGAGAACUUCUUUCCUGACUUUUAUCUGUCCAUGUUUAUACUUUGAACUACCUCUUUUCAUGUAAAAAGAAUCAAACACGCGCUCCCACACACAUAUAGGAUUAGCUAUCACCAACGAUUGAAAAAAAUAUAAUACCUUCAUUCAUUUUUAUUAUUUUUCAAGAUUUACAUUUCUUUGUUCUCUUUUCCUCCUCCUUCCCUUUCCUUCCCUUUCUGUGCUUGCUUUCCAUUAUGCAUGUAUCCUCACAUUCUUGGACCCGAAUGAUGCAUCCCUUCCAAUAACCCACCGUAAUGUUUCCCGGUUCGAGUGGCCAACAAUCUGCUCCCGGCAAGAAAGCGGCAAAAGACCUGAAGACCCGCAUCGGAAAACGAUAGCGAUAAGAUUCGAAGGUAAAUCUUGACCGGUGGACAGUGGCGUGUCAGGUUGCUGAAUAAACUAUAGGAGAGGCGCGUGCGCAGGGAAAGACCGUAUUGGGAAAAGCGGGAGGUGGUAAGGCAGGGGCGGAGGCAACAUGAGUGAGGGUGGUGCAGCUUGAUCCCCCUUUUCCCCCACCCCGCAGCUCCUACUGUGCCUUUGUUACCUUUCUGCUUCGUUUGAAACUGGGCAAAGUAUUUGUCGUGAGUGUAGGUAGUGCAGGCCCUGGCACGCAGAUGUCAGCACUGACCUUACAUCGUCUUCACGGCCUCACUGUAACAGAAAAUAACUUAAUAUGUUGGCAGUUGACUGGAUAGUUUUAUGAAGUACGUUUUUUUUAUAUUGUCAUGAUUAACUAAGUUUUCCAGCUGACCCAAAUUUAAAUACAGCGUCGAGUAGUGUGUGUGACUCGUGUUCCUCGGCGAGGCUGUGUUCGGUGUACAGUGUAGUCUGGCACCCACAAAAAGUAUGUUACAUUAAUUAUUCCUUGUGCAGUGGUAGCCGCAGUUUAUCAUGUGAUGGAAAUUGAUUUAUCGACUGAAAAUGUAUUGCGGAAAAUACUUGUUAUACACUACAGAUAUGCCUCAAGCAAUGAGUUAUUUCACGCUUGUUCCAUAUCCCGGUGACCAUCGCCGACGCGAGUGCUAACCAAGUUGUUACUAAAUUGCAGGUCCUACCAUAUAUUCCCCUGUUAUUGGUGGAUAAAAUUCCGAAGCUCUUGUGACACUGUGAGUGAGAUGGAUUCGAUAUAGAAAAUGGCUGUGUGACUUUGGGGUGUUGUUAAAAUCGUAGGUGUUUGUGGCCGUGCAAGGUAGCAAUGGCCCAGCAGAGGUCGCCAUGUCCCACCGGCGGAGUAGUAGCUUGACGGGCGGUGCCAGGGCGUCAGACGAACAGGUCCCCUCCGCCCAGGCGAGGACCAGACCUCCUCCACCUCUGAAGGCAUCAAGUUUUGACUGUGGAGACCAUGGAGCGGCCGGAGAGGAGGGCGCGCGAAAGCGUCCUGAGAACUUGGCCCAGGCCGCCAUCUCGGUUGCGCACAGCACGUAUGAAGCCAUUGAGAACCGAGGUGAGGCCAUCAUGCAGCGAUUUGAUGACUCGAUUGACGAGCUGGAGAAUGGCCCGUUGGUGCAGACGGCGAAGGCGACGGUGCAGAAAGUGGCUACUGUCAUCGAGAAACCAGUAGGCUUGAUCAAGCAAAGUCGUUUCGUAGAAGAAGUGAGUGGCGUGCUGACGGAGAUCGAAAACACCGAGGUGGUGCAGGUGGCCCGGGGCAGAGCACGCCAAGCCUACAUGUACGUGGAGCCCAUCAGUGAGAAGAUCUUGAGCCGUGUCGGAAGCCUCGAUGCAGACGAAGAUGACGUGCAGUUCGUUAUUCCUCCCUCGAUGCAGCGGUCCCCAGGCAAGACUGUUGUUGUGCCAGUCAAGCCGAGACCCUUACUAAGGCAGUUUGAUAUAGAUAGUCAAAGAAUUAAGAUAGACCCUACCCAGUAUGUUCCAAUUCAAGAGGAAGUUCCUGAAAUACAUGUUUCGGGUGAAGAUGGAGGAUUUUCCGUCCUGUCUCAAGAAGGUGAUAAAUUGCUCAAGGUCAAAGCUCCAGACCAAAUCAGCAUCGUGUCCGCCACCGACUCAGAACGACAAUACGAGCUUGUGCGUCCCCACCGGCUGUACCGCACGCCGCCCCUUCCGCCCCCCAGACACAAGGAGCCCCGGCGCUCCCUGCAGGCGAGGUUAUCAAAUAACGGUGUGAAAACAACGAUCGUUGAAGAAGCCGCUGGAGAGAUGACAUGUCGAUGUGCUGCUAGUGCGAGAUCAGUUCGUUUUACGGAGAAGGAUAGUGGAAAGGGUAGUGACUCGGAGGCUAUGUGCGUAGCAGGGAAGGACGUGUCCUCCAACUUGACGGUGAAGAGAAUGGUGGAUGUGGUGGAGCGUCGGCCGGCCAUGAAAGACUCGCGUUCCAUUGAGACGGUGGACAAACGGAACUCUUUGCUGGACGAGUGCACGGAGGACCAGCCCCUCAUACCCGUGGAGUCCCUGGAGGGGUCCAGCAUCUCCAAGAUCCGGGAGAAGCUGCGGGAGUAUAACUACAAUGUGAUCUGCAUCAACGGCAAGACUUUCUAUGUGCCUAAAUCUGUUGUGAAAGAGCCCGCGCCUCGGGAAGUGUACGGCGGAGCCUCCACCUUCUUCGAGGCCUCGGAGACUAUUGACUGGAAAACAGUGAAAGACGCCAGUGGACACGAUGCUCCAGUCAAGGAAAAACCUCGCUGGAUGCAGCAGAUUUCCACGGGACUGGAGAACUUCCUCAGCAACGCCCACGACCCUUGGCUCUCUGAGGCCGACCGAGACCCGUUGGCCUGCGACUCGUGCUGCACGUGCUUCGACACCAGUUUGGGCUGGGACAAGAAGAAGGGUCCCAAGUUCCCCUUACAGCAGAAGAACGAGACGUUCUGUGUGGUGUCCAAGAGGUUCCGCAAGAACUAUGUCCACCGGUUCUCUGCCUCCAAGUCCUUGUUCCUCUUCUCGCCAUGGCACCCGCUGCGUCGGGCCGCCAUUUUCCUGUCUACAAACCAGUUCUUCGAUUACCUGGUCAUGGCCACCAUCCUCCUCAACUGUGUCUUCCUCGCCAUGACAGAAACCGUAGCCGAGGCUGAGUACAUGUUUCUCGCGAUCUACUCGGCCGAAAUGAUGAUCAAAACUGUCGCCAAGGGCUUCAUCCUCAACAAGUACACGUACCUGCGCAACCCCUGGAACUGGCUGGACUUCGUGGUGAUCGCGUCCGGUUACGUGACGUUAGUGAUAGAACUCGGUGACAUGGACGUCCAGCUCGGCAAUCUGGCUGGCCUCCGAACCUUCCGAGUUCUUCGAGCACUCAAAACGGUCUCCAUCAUGCCUGGAUUGAAGACCAUCAUCAACGCGCUACUCAACAGCAUCAAACAGCUCGUGGAGGUGAUGACGCUGACGGUGUUCUGCCUGAUGGUGUUCGCGCUCUUCGCCCUGCAGGUCUACAUGGGUGUGCUCAAGAACAAAUGCGUCAGGUCCAUUCGCGGGAACGUGACGGGAGAGGAGUGGAGAGCGUGGCGUGACAACUCUAAGAACUGGUUCAUCGAGAAUGGCACCAACCAUCCAGACAUCGGCUUCCCAAGAUUAUGUGGCAAUGCGACCGGAGCGAGAGUGUGUCCGGAAGGAUUCUCUUGUCUGCCGGAUGUGGGCGACAACCCAAAUUUUGGAUACACAAACUUCGAUAAUUUUUUAUGGUCCAUGCUCACCACCUUCCAGCUCAUCACGUUAGAUUUUUGGGAAGACGUGUAUAACAAGGUGAUCGCCACGGGGGGGCCACUGCAGGUUGUUUUCUUUGCCAUUGUCGUUUUCUUCGGUUCGUUUUACCUUAUUAACCUAAUGUUGGCUGUCGUUGCGAUGAGCUACGAGGAGGAGGCUGAGAACACUGAGGAGGAAAAAGCUAAAGACCUAAUGGAUCACACCUUACAGGAAAAGACUAAAGACCUAAUGGAUCACCGCGACGACUCAACCUUCAGUUUCGACCCAGAGAAGCUGACACACGCUCGACCCCUGGAAAAGAAGAAACCCAAGAACCGGCGGGUGAUAGUGAUGCGUCGAGGCGCCGGCAUCCUAAGUGACAAAUUCUCCAAGAAAAAGAAGAAAAAGGACGGGGAGGAGACUGACGACAAGAGGAAGGGAAGCGCCUCCUCAGAAGACACCAGCAGGCAGCCCUCAGCACCCCCCGCCACGCCACUCCUCACCAGCUCCCAGGCGGCCAUGUCAACGGGCCAGCACUCCAUGUCCAGGCCGGCUUCCCUUGUGGUCACGCCGCCGCCCUCCGCUUCCCCCGGGCCGCCCCAGUCCCCCGGAGACCGCUGCCAAGGCUCCCAGGGGGCCAGCCUCCCCCCCACCGGUGCCUCGUCGUCCUGUGACCCCUGUAACGCCUCCUCCGCCACCAGUUGCUGCACGUGUCACUGCCACACGCGGCAGCAACAGGUGGCCGCGGCGCCCCCGGGAUUAGUGGCUCUUAGGGGUGGUUGUGAUGACCCCAGGCCGCACCUCCGCCUCGCCAACAAUCCCGCCCAUCGCCAGCCCUCCCUCGACGACUCCGGCGUGGUGGGCGACCAUGACGGGGGAGACACCAUGUCCAUUCACCAUCUGCCACACGCCCCCCAGGAGUUAGUGGGCAAGGUGGAGCAGGCCCUCUACGCGAGAAGAAAGUGCAACGGCGUAAGUCCCUCCUCUCCAGCAGCUCUCUCUGCUUCCUCGCAACAUAUAGUCAUAGUUGAAGAUGAGGUGGUGGACCGUAACUGCGACAAGUGUCGGGAAUGCUGCGUCAGCUAUCGCACCUGGCUCAAGUUUCAAAACCUUUUGUAUAUAGUAGUCCAUGAUGCCAUCUUCGACCUGUUCAUCAUGGUGUGUAUAAUAAUGAACACAGCCUUCCUGGCCAUUGAACAUCAUGGCAUGUCCUAUGAACUCAACAUGGUGCUCGAAGUUGGCAACAGGGUGUUCACAGCAGUAUUUACGCUGGAGUGCAUGAUGAAGAUUAUGGCACUGAGCAAGGAGUUCUUCAUCAACAGAUGGAAUGUUUUUGACUUAGUUAUUGUCCUCGCUUCUCUUCUGGACUUGGGUCUGGAAAUUGGUUCUGGGUUAUCAGUGUUGAGAGGCAUGAGACUAUUGCGGGUGCUGAAACUAGCUCAGUCAUGGCGGACGAUGCGUGUGUUGCUCAGCAUCAUCGUAUCAACACUUGGAGCCCUGGGAAACCUUACCUUUGUCCUGCUUAUUAUUAUCUAUAUUUUUGCUGUCAUUGGAAUGCAGCUUUUUGGGAAGAAUUACACUGCUGCCAAUUUUCACCCAGAUCCAAUUCCAAGGUGGAACUUCACUGAUUUUUUUCAUUCCUUCAUGAUGAUAUUUCGUAUCCUGUGUGGAGAGUGGGUGGAACCUCUCUGGGAUUGCAUGAGGGCUGAAAAGAAAGACGGGUCUGAGACAUGUUUGGCCAUCUUCUUGCCAGCCCUUGUCAUGGGAAACUUUAUGGUGCUCAAUCUGUUCCUUGCUCUUCUCCUCAACUCGUUCAACUCUGAAGAACUAAAAUCUCGACAAGAUGAUUUAGAAGAUGAAUCUAGAAUACUUCAGCUCUUUGUUAGAAUACGGGAUAGUAUCUUCAGGAGAAAGAAGAGGAAAAACGAAGAAGAGCUGAAUGAAGAAGGCAGUGCAAAAGAUGAGGAAGAUACAAUACCAGAUCGGGGAGUGAAGAAAGCUUUCAGUGAACCUGAGAUGCAUGCAAGGUGUGAGGAGGAAGUGGGAGGAGAUCCUCAGACAAAAGGCUACAAACGGAUGGCCAUUGUAGACCAGAACUCCAAAACCGUUUUGGCUGAUCCACCUCAAGAAAAUGGACAUACGGACAAGAAUGUAGUAAAUGGAAAGAAAGUAAAAUUUCAAGGUAACACGGCUCAGCAGUGCCAUCAAGGGGAUGAUGAUCGACCAGAAAUUAUUGAACUGUCUGAGCUUAAUCAGGAAGACAGUCCAUUUGCUUUCUGCCCUCCUCCAAAAACUAAAGAGCAGGAAUACCGUGGCCAACAUUAUCAAGAGUUUACUUCCAAUGACUACCCCUCUGAAGAGUAUCCCGUCGGGGAGUAUCGCCAGGGAUAUUCAAAUGAGUACGGCCAUGAGCACGACUAUCACCAGCUGCAGUUACCAGAGUCUGAGGGGGAGGGAGGCAAUAAUGAGGACAGUGUAUCAGAAGUCAACUUGUCUGAUGGAAACAUUCCCAAGAUGAAGUUAGAAGAGACGGUGAGCUUCAGAUCUCAGGCCAAAGGGAGAUUUGGAGAGCCCAAUGGGGGCCCUAAGGGAAAACACUGGCAGAAAGUGAAGAAAGAAAUGCCAACAGCAUUAAAUAAGACACAAAGCUGGAGUGCAGUUGUCAACUACGUAGACACUAUAACAGGUGGGGUGAAGGAUGAUGAUGAUCCAAGAUUCAAACGAGAGCAGAUUUUGGCAAAGGAACCAGCGGACUGUUUUCCAAAGCAAAUUUUUGACAGAGUCCAUUGUUGUGCCCUCUUCACUGAAACAAGGCUGUACAAGAAAUGGUAUCGGGUGCGACAAAUGUGCCUUUAUGUUGUUGACAGCCCCUACUUUGAGUGGGUUGUUCUCAUCCUGAUUUUUGCUUCAUCCGUUACCCUAUGUUUUGAAGAUGUCCAUUUGGAUUCUAAAACAGAACUGAAGGAGGUUUUGAGCUAUCUGAAUCUGGCCUUCGCCAUCCUCUUCACCAUUGAAAUGUUUGUGAAGUGGAUUGCUUUGGGCUUUGUCAAGUACUUCACUUCGGUGUGGACCAUUCUGGACUGCUUCAUUGUCCUGGUGUCCAUGUGCAGUCUCUUCAUAGAGCAAGAUAACCUGAUUGCUCUGCGCAGUCUUCGAACACUGAGAGCCUUGAGGCCUCUGCGAGCCAUUUCUCGCUGGGAAGGAAUGAAGAUAGUGGUCAAUGCUCUCAUGUACGCCAUCCCGUCCAUUUUCAACGUGUUGCUGGUGUGUCUUGUAUUUUGGCUCAUCUUCUCCAUCAUGGGUGUCCAGAUGUUUGGGGGAAAGUUUUACAAGUGUAUAGACCACACUGGAGAAAUUCUACCUCUAAAGAUUGUUGGAAAUAAAACUGACUGCUUUGCGAAGAACUACACGUGGGUCAACAGUAAGAUAAACUUUGAUCAUGUGGGAUAUGCUUAUCUUGCCCUCUUUCAAGUGGCAACUUUUGAAGGAUGGAUGGAGGUCAUGGAGGACGCUGUUGAUUGCCGAGGCAUUGACCAGCAACCUGAGAGAGAAGCAAAUAUAUAUGCAUAUAUUUACUUUGUUAUCUUCAUCGUUUGUGGAUCAUUUUUUACCCUCAACCUGUUCAUUGGUGUCAUCAUUGACAACUUCAAUGCACUCAAGAAAAAGUAUGAAGGUGGAGUGUUGGAGAUGUUUCUUACGGACUCUCAGAAGAAUUAUUACACUGCCAUGAAGAAGCUUGGUCGCAAGAAGCCUCAGAAAGUCAUCAGGCGACCACAACACCCGUACCAUGCACUGUUUUAUGACAUAGCUGUCUCCAGAAGAUUUGAAAUUUCCAUCUUCGUUUUGAUCUUCCUCAACAUGGUCACCAUGGCAAUCGAGCAUUACCACCAGUCCCGCACAGUUGCCUUCACCUUGGAAGUCUUCAAUGCUCUCUUCACAACCAUCUUCGGACUUGAGGCAAUUGUGAAAAUCAUUGGCUUGCGCCACCAUUACUUCACCGUUCCAUGGAAUCUUUUUGACUUCAUCCUCGUAUUUGCAUCAAUAAUGGGAAUCCUCUUGCAAGAUGUGCUUACCAACUUCCCCAUCAGUCCAACACUUCUCAGGGUUGUCCGAGUCUUCAGAAUUGGACGUAUUCUCCGUCUCAUCAAGCCGACGGUGAACGGCCGAAACUCCUUCUUCGGUCAGGCUGCAAAGGGGAUUCGGAAGCUGCUGUUUGCCCUUAUUGUGUCCCUGCCAGCUUUGUUUAACAUUGGCGCCCUGCUCUUCCUGAUCACCUUCAUUUAUGCCAUCAUUGGAAUGGCUGUGUUUGGCCACGUGCAGCGGAAGGGAGCCCUUGAUGACCUGGUCAACUUUGAAACAUUUGGCAACAGCAUGAUGCUGUUGUUCAGGUUGAUCACCUCUGCAGGUUGGAAUGAUGUGCUUGAUCCUCUGAUGGCACAACCACCAGACUGCGACAUGGAGUAUAUGAACCAACCCAAUGGCAACUGUGGUCACCCAGUUAUUGCUAUCAUCUUCUUUGUUUCGUUUAUCAUCAUCAACUUCAUGAUUGUUAUCAACAUGUACAUCGCUGUUAUUCUAGAAAACUUCAACCAAGCGCAUAAAGAAGAAGAAAUUGGAAUCGUCGAGGAUGACUUAGAGAUGUUCUAUGUUAGAUGGUCAAAGUAUGAUCCUCAUGCCACACAGUUCAUCAACUUUUCACAACUUUCUGACUUCAUUGCAAGUCUUGACAGUCCAUUUGGCAUCCCUAAGCCCAACACAGUUGCCCUUGUGUCCUUUGACUUGCCCAUUGCCAAAGGGGACAAAAUACACUGCCUUGACAUUCUUCAUGCUCUAACUAAACAUGUUCUUGGGCAUGUAGAAGAAACAGAAGAAUUCAAGAGGUUCCCCCCUCAGCUCAAGAUGCAGAUGGAGGAGAAGUUUAAAAAGCAGUUCCCUACAAGAAAAGAACUGGAGAUUGUAUCUUCAACCAGACGUUGGAAGAAAAUGGAUUCAGCAGCAAAGACCAUUCAGCAGGCAUGGCGUGCCUUCUUAAAGUACAGGCAUGAGUUGGAAAAGAAGAAUUUACUUUUAGAGGAGGCACAAACUCAGACCUCCUCCCCUGGUGGAUCAUCCAUAAAAUCCGGCUUUAAAAAGGUCUCAAACCUACUUCAAGUUGUUCCAAUGCCAAUGAGUGUGCCUCGACGGAGAUCUGUUACCGUUCUCCAGGUGGAUGGAGGAGGAUCUAGCUCACGCCGUGCUUCCCGUGCUUCUAUAAAUGAAACUUCAACAUCUCCUCGUGGUUCUUUCUUCUUUCCCCUCUCACGUCGUGCUUCACGAGCCUCUGCCGCUUCCGCUACCUCAGGAGCCUCAAACCCAUCUUUAGUGUCUGUACAGAUCCACCAAGUAGGUGACCACAACUCUCCCCAUGCAUCUCAAGGUUCUACAGAAGCCCUCAACACUGAGGCCAGCUGACACAAGCCAUCCCUGGGCCCUCCGUGAAGCCCUGCCUCUGUGUUACAUGUGCCCUUUACUACCCGCCAUCACCUGUAUAAGGAUUGAUGUUGGCAGCUAAAAUAAUUGAUAGUCUUCUAGUUGAAAGCUGAUGACUAUCUGUGCAGUCUUUGCUUCUACAUGGUAGCCAAGUCUGAUUCCAUAAUCACUUGGUUACACCUGCCCAACUGGCCUUCACCAGUUUAUACCUGUAAGCCUGACAGUGAGGCUUUAUGCGCUACGAGUACCCAAAGGAGAAGAGAAGAGCACGAUGGCUGCUCUAAUUGUUAUAACUUAGUAUUUGCAUACGUUCCUGAAGCCUAUUCCAUGUUGAAUAUUGGCACAUGUUAAAAGUAGGUAUGAAAGUGGGUUAUUACCUUUGCCAGAUAUAUUGAUAUUGCUCAUUUUGUUGAAAGUGUCUAGUUUAUAGGAGCCUAGUUUUAUAAGCCAGUAAAGGUAAUAUUACGUUUCUCAGACUUCUUCAUAGAAUACAAAAAUACCAAAGAAAAACAUUUUUAUAUCAAGACGUUACCAUCACACCACACUGGAUGACCUGUGCAAAGACAGGUUCAUUUUUUCUUUGAACAGCACAUGUUUUACUAGUCACACAAUUAAGGUUUUGAUACUUUGAAAUUUAAAAAUAAAACCUAAGAAAAUUUUAAAUAUUAUAUUUAGUGACCACACAGGAAUUCUUUGAUUCCUUAAGAACAUGUCAACAUCUUACAUUGUCAGUACUUUGGAACAAGGAUUUUUUUAAUUAAUAUGUGCUAAUCUUUGUUUAUUGAUACAAAUUUUCACAAACAGAUAAUCUUAAUGGAGCUGCAAGAUGUUUCCAUAUGCAAUAGGUUUUGUUUACUAAGGUUUUCAAAGAAUCAUUUUCAUCCUCUAUAUGCAAAGAUUGCAUUUCUCAUAGAAAACCUCAGAGGCCCACUCAUAUCAGAAUCAUAGCUACACCAGACAGGCUCAAAACAUUACAGGCUCUGUAGUAAGUAUAUGAUGUGAUUGCAACGUAGACAUGUGGAAAUGCAAUCUCAAUUGGCAGCAGGGUUGUCGGUAAACUUUAAAAAGAGGAAGAGUAAAAAUCUUACAUGCUGUAUUUUCAGUAAUCAAAUUUAAAUGAAUUUCCAUCAGUAUGACUCACAAAAUCAACAUUACAGAAUAAGUGCUGUACAGUUUUUGUCUUAAACCAAAUGCAAAACUAAAUGGAGCUGACAGCCAAUCAAGCAAUAUUAUACUUGCUAAAAUUACAUCCGUACUAAUGAACCAUUGCUCUAAACCAGAUUCAUAUAAUUAAUUUACAUUUUCUGCAGCAGUCAUAAUCAGCAGUACAUUGUCUUAAUCAACAUUUUUUUUAAAGAGUAUGUGUAAAUUGUGAGCAGUUGCAAUGUAUCUUGUUAAAACAUGUGUUCAUAUUUGUAAGCUUUUACAAAUGAAUAUUUGCCUUCACAAUGGUUACUGUUAGAUAUUUGAGGCCUUAAGAGUCAUCUGUUUGACUCUGGAUAUUUUAUAAGAUUUUUUUAGGUAGUCAUGCCUUGAAGAAAACAUUAACAUCAAAUUUUUAUUUCAAACAAAAAAAAAAAAUUGUUUCACUUCAAAGUUACAUAACAUGAAAAUAAAAUAUAAAAAAAUAAGUACAUAUACACAUAUUCACACAUACAUACUUGCAUUUUCAUGAGUCAGUUAUUUGCACACUAUUGUCUGAGUCCCAUACUAAUCAGUAAGGAUAUAAGAUUUCUUAAUUUUAUGAAUACAGUAAUCUUCCUAUGUGAUUAAAAAGGUUAAAAAGGAAGUGAAAACUUAUAGUGUAUCUUCCUAUGCAAUUAUAUGAAAAAAUGAGGGGCAUACGCUUAUAUGUGCUUCACCACAGUACUUGUCUCCACCUUGUCCUCUGAGCCCGUCAAUGGGUCAAGAUCCCUUUCCCAGGACUGUGGCUUGACUGUGAUAUUUGUAUUUACACAGUUUAUCUUCUUCAGGUUUCUUUAGGUACCUCUGGGUAUCCUAAUUAGGAACAAAAUUAUUUAGAAUGUUGGAAAGAGGACUACUAAAGUUGGAAAGAACUGUGAAAUUUUUCAAAACUUCAUGUAUACAAAUGAUGCAUUCUCUUACCAGAAAGAUUUUGGCUGAGAAAAGUGGAUAUAAGCAUGAUGUAAGAUAUCUAUAGGACAUAAAGAACUGACAUGUUGAGGGUGAAGUUACAAGAGAGCUGCAGAAUACAAAAUUCAUACGAUCAGAGACUUGAUAAAAAAUUUCUGAGGGUGUGGGUUUGAGAAUGUAUGAUGACAUUGAAUGGAUGGGGAGAACAAGAGGGAUGGAAAGAACAUGCACCACUGAAGCUGACAAAAGGUGAGCAAGAGUGGAGGGAACCUUGAAGGCAGCAUCAAAGAGAGAAGGAAUGAGUCAAUCAGGCUGGACGCUCUUUUUAUCUUGAAGGCAGUUUGCCUCAGACCUCGAUGAGCCACACGACGUUGUCUGGUGGUGGGGACAACAGCACAGUCAUGGUCACUGCCAGAGUGAGGACAUGAAGGGUCUUCAAUUAGGAAUGUGGUCCAUUUCAAUGUUUUUUUUUCUUUCUUUUUUCUGUCAAGUACAUUUUCUUCAUUUAGAUGCUUCCCUCUAAUAAGUCUCUUGGCCCUGCCUCUGCAGCAAUUAGGAUUCCAUUAUUUCUUUUUUUAUUAUUAUUAUUAUUAUUAUUAUUAUUAUUAUCAUAGUUAUUGUUUAUAUAUUUAUUGCUAUUUUUAUCAUGGUUGUUCUUAUCACUUAAUUAUUGAUUCAAUGAAUCAAAAAGGAAAGAGCUAUGCAUCAGUGACUUACCAAUGAAAGUAGGGAAGAUAACCCAGGUUGUUAGAUAUUUUAUGACCUUGAAUGCCCAUUGAAGAUGCAAGAGAGCUAAUGGCUAAAAUCAGAACAAAAUGUUUGUUAUCUACCACCUUAUCUUACAAGCAGUGUAAUGAAUUACAAAAUGAUGCUUUCCUUUCAAUAGUUGUUGAGAAAGAUGUGUAUUAGGAACAUAAAUAUUAUCUCAUACUACCAUUCCAAUGCCAUAUGCCAGUCAGGUCAGGUACUGGCUGUCUACUUCCUGAAAAUUACCAAACAUUUUAAUCAGUGAUGUCUAGUAUCCAGUAGCCAAGGAGUGCCUGGUUACAGUGGCAAUUGAAGCCAUUCUAAGGCAAGAAAUGCAAAAAGUGUCCGGCGUAAUGAGCUCGGACACCAUUGGUUAGUGCUGUGCACUUACGAUACACAGAUUUUGAGAAGGGGAGCUGAUUAGUUGUUACUCAUGGAGGAGCUCUUGAAUAUCAAAUAGGAUGUUUUAUGACUCAGGAAGGGGCGGAGUCUAGUAAGGAUCAAAAAGUGCUUAAGAAUGGCCAUACAAUUCACUGGAGAGGCAAGCCUGAUGGGAGCAAGUGGAUACAUGGAUAUUUUGUUGACAAAAUUCUUGAUAAUAACUUGGUUGAAUUCUUUAGAGUAAAAUAAUUGCAUGGCAUAUAUGACAUUUAAAUUAAAUUAUAGAUACAAACGAUUCUCUGCCACUGAGCACUGAACAGAGAUAUUUCAAUUAGUGCAUUUUCUGCAUCAUAAUUGUGGAUGAGAGACAUGGUCAGUGACUAAGCCUGAAAAGGAAAUUAAAACUACUAAGGGAGGACCGGGGAGAUCACUGCUGGACAACGGGUGAGAAAAAUGACACAUGGUAACGGAACAGACAAAGGAGAUGUAAUACCUGCUAAUACAUCAGUCGGAUUCCUUUAUGAAUAAUAUGCUGUCAAAGCCAAGCUCAAUAUAAAAUUACAUGUGGUGUACAAUAUCUACCACUAUGAUGAAAUCACCCUAUUGCUAUAGUUGCAAAUAUUGAUGCAUGCUCUGGGACCAUGCCCAAGAAAUGCAUUAUUGGCCAAUUCUGUGAAAGGGAAGUUGUGCAAGAGAUAUAAGAGGUAUCUCCAAAAAUAUUUAAAACACUUGAAAUUGGCUAAUGUUGGGCUGUAUGAAGUCUUUUUUAUCCAAAUAAUUUGAUAAGUUUUAUUCAUUUGUGGUGUUUCUCUGAAUCACACGACAUUCAUAACUUUCAAAGUUCAUAAUUUUUUCACACCCACUAAUACUUUCAAAGCAUGUAUGUGAUAGAAAUAAUGCUAUUACCAAUCAGCCAUUCCACUUCCCAGAAAUAUUAAUACAGUGCAGUGUUCAUGCCUGCACUCAAGGGGGGAGGGGGAGGGGGAGGGGAACUCCUCACAUUAAAACUUCCCUUCCCAGUACUACUGAUUUUUGUUUGUAUCUUUUUUUUUUAUCAAAUAAAAACGAAAAAAAGCAAUCCGUGUAUUGCUUCAGUGUCAUAGUAAGUAGUUAUAGGUUUUCAUUCAUUGAUGUCAUAGUCUAUACAAGAUCUGAAUAAGAGAAAGGAUACCGGCAGAUCAGUGAUAUGCAAAUAACUGACUCAUCUUUCCACUGCUGGUGAGUGUAUUCAUAAAGCCUGCACACUUAAAGAUAUUUAAGGCAGACUUUUAUACAUUUAUUUGACAACAUAUUUUGAAAUCAAUCCAAAGUGACAAUUUUUAUCAUUGCAUCUUAUUGGCACACACAUGGCUGAACUUUUUGAGCUUGGUCACUAUCGUCAACUGUAAAAAAAAACAAUAACCUAAGUAACUGAGCAUUCCACGUGGUGGCAUGUAGAAUGUUCAUUUCCAUUAAGCAUUUUUGCAAUGUACUAUAGAGGAAAUGGAUCUCACCUUCCAACUGUUAUGCUUUUUCAACUCUUCCUCUAUAAAUCGGUGAUGUACAUGAAAAGUGUUAGGAAUGAGUAACCUUUACUCUCUCAUUGUUCAAAUUUGUGGCAAAUAGAUUUUGUCAUCAUACAUUGCAAUGCACUUACAUUCAAUCACUCUUGGUUCAGAUAAAACUAGAAUUGAAUUAGAAUGAAUAUCAUGACUGUCCAAAUGAAAUAUUUCAACUUUUGCUUCAAAUUGAGAUGACAGGAACUAAAUACAAGGAACUAAGUGGGUAGCUUAUGCUGAAAAAAUGCAAAUGACUGAAGUACUGAACUUUAUUCAACUUUAUUCCUUGAAUGGAUUUUGGAAGGCAAGAGUUAUUGUCAUUAAUCAUAACUUUGAUUAUGUUAUGUUAUACACAAAUUAUUUAAAUUGUAUGAGAACAACCCAUAUGUAAAUUGUUGAUAUAACCCAGUGACCAAAGUCCUCCUUGAUGCAGGCAUUCCCAACCUUGUACUCAUGAGCAGCGCUGUGCUCCGUCACAUCUGGCAGUGCUUGGCUUGGCAAAAGAUUGUGCUAUUAUGAGAACAAAUUUCACCAUAUUAUGUAUAUGUAUAGACUGUUGAUGUAACAUUAUUACAUAACUAAAUAGCUGAUAGAAUUUUUCUUUUCCUCAUAAAAUUGAUAUUGCAGUUAGUUUGCUUUAUGCAACCUGAGAUAUUUUAUGUUGUGUUCUCAAAAUGGUUAAUGAAGAGGUUGAUUGCCAGGUGGUAAGGUUGGGAACCCUACAUUAUGGAUUAAGAAAUAUUUUAUUUUUGCAGAACAAAAGUAAAUUCAAGUGUACAAGUUCAUAUGGGUGACCUAAAACAAAAUAUUUUUAAUAAAUAAAAUCAUACACUAUAGAAUUAUGUAGCUGAAAAUAAAAUGCAUACCAUAUGUUUUAACAGUCACUUUUAGAUUUUAUAGAAUUCCUUGAAGAUUGUGACCUGAGUGGGCUUUUAAAAAUUGAGUAAAUCGAUCUUGAAAAAGAGAGAAAUAGCAUCAAACAACGGAAACAGUGAGAGAUGCAUUUUCAUUUUAUUGGCAAGCUGAAUUUGUAUGUCAGCUGAUUGAAUUAAACCACUCUUUUUCAAGGUCCUGCAGUCAUAUUCAUAUACUUCUAGGAUUUAUGGUAUUUGCCUCAUUAUCCCUGCACACUGAGCAUGGAACCAUCGCGAAACAAUAUGCAAAUAGAGUUAUUUGUCAGUUUGUUAGCUAUGUUGUAGGGUGCCAAAAGUUUGUUCAUGUCAUAGCCUCAACAAAUUUUCCAUGUUAUGAGUCAAGUUUCAUGCAAGUUUAGUCGGUUCUGUAACGGUUUUCUUAUAUCUGCAGCUAAAUCGUUUUAUAACUCAUGCCAUGAAACUUGACACAUGAGUUUUUUCCUAUAUAUUAAGUUUCACAUUAUAGGGGAAAUGUGCCAAAGAUAUGCACAUCUUUUGAAGGACCACUUCAACAAGAUUUCUGUAUUAUGUAAUAUCCAUGUAUAAUAAUAAUGUACAUAAUAACAAGUUUGUGUAAGAAGUAUAAUUUGUUAUCCUUGGCAACACUUUGCCGGUUUGUACAGUGUUAGAAGGCUCCUCCUGCUGUUGAAGGCAGUCAGUCUUUAAUGUCUUGUUAUGAUAACUUGUUAUUUGCCUCCACAAAUACAAAGAAAAUAAGAUAACUAUUCAUGGUGCAUAAGUUUACUGUUAUACUUCAGUUUUAAGUAAAAUGAUAUAUUAAAUGAAUACUUAAUAUCAUUGUUAAAAUGUAUGUACUGGGUUUAAUUGUUUUCUUGGAAACUCAGAACUCACCAGGGAUAAAUGUAAUCACAUCUCCAUGUUACAAUCAGGUAGUUUUCAUGGUUCAUUCCACAUCCAACAUCAACAAGAUAACAAUAAAAGUGAAUGCCCUCUGCUGGCCCUCAAAUCAUAUUUUUAGGGUUCACAUCUAGUAACUAUUGAAUCCUAAAGGUCAGUGAUGGCAUUUCACAUUGUUAUACACUUAAAUAUUGCAUUUUUAACUUAAUAUAUAUAAUGAAGUUAUAUUUAUUUAUAUAAUUUUAAGUAAUCAUCUUAUGUAUUGUCCAGUACAGUGUUACUGUUCCUAUGCUGAUUUGGAUAUGAUGUUAUACUAAAAAUCAAAGUGACUAGGUGUUUUGUAGGUUCUAG